AUGCAUUUGGUCCACAUGCUUGCUGAUUUGAGGGUAAAUCGGAUACAUCAAUGGAAACAUUGGGAGGAUUCUAUUAAGAAAGAUAAAUAUGAUCAAGACAAGGUUGUGAAUAAGAAGGUGACUCAUGUGCAUCAGCAUGCUUUUAUCAAGGAACAUUUUCUUGGAAUUGGGUUUUGUUCAACCGUUCUGAGUUGGCUGGGUCAUAAUGUUGUGUUGAUCUCCAACCAUCAGACAGAAACUGAACCAAUGAUAAUUGCCUUGUUGCUUGAGACAUCACACCCUCAUGUUGCUGAGAAGAUGACCUAUGUUGUUGGAGAUAGGGUUGUGACAGAUCCUGUUUGCAAGCCCUUCAACAUGGGAAGAAAUCUUGUUUGUGUAUACUCAAAGAAGGACAUGCAUGACAUUCCUGAGCUUGUUGAGAUGAAAAAGAAAGCCAAUACCUUGAGUCUUAAGGAAAUGGCUCUACUUUUAAGGAUGAUAGUGUUAAAUGGAGAGCAUUGCAAGUUAUUUCAAGUUCACUUAGUAUUCACUUAUUAUUGCAAUGGACCCUUUUGCAGGGGAAACUACUCUUAUACAACUGAUUUUCGGGGGUUACCUUCAAUCUAAGUUGAAUGGUUAUUGCAGAUAAGGUGCAUGAAGUGCCAAGGCAAGUCUGAUAAGCAUGAACAAAUGAUGGAUCUGACUGUUGAGAUACAUGGGGAUAUUGGAACUCUGGAAGAAGCACUUGCACAAUUUACGGCUACUGAAAUCUUGGAUGGAGACAAUAAAUACCACUAUAGCAGGUUGUUUGGUGCUUGUCUGUUUUGACUUAAAGAUGUAUAUUGCAAUCAAUAGGUGUCAGGAAUGACAUAAUGCCAAUCAUCAUUGUCUAAACCUUAACCCGACUAAUUGGGUUUGGCUACAUGAAUCCUGUUCCGCCAUUCACUCGAUCAAGGACCAUAUCGUCAGUUAAACUAUAGGUUAGCAAGUCUUUUCUCACAUGCUCCACUCACAUCCUUCUGGGCCUUCCUAUUGCCUUUUUAGAGCCUUGAACCAACUCUCUCCUAACAGGUGCAGGAGAAUCUUCACAAUGUGACUCUCGAAUGUGAUUCAGCUAGUAGUAGUCUUAAUAGAUAGAAUAAUGGAGAGAAGAUUGAGAUGAUUUGGUCACGUCCCAAUAGAUAGAAUAAUGGACCAGGGUCUAUUAGUGGUGCAAUGGGGUAUGGUGAU